AUAAUUUGGCAUUGCAUAAACCCUAGUACACUUCAGGUUUUCAGCUUUGCGAGUGUUACCUCUUCUUUCUCCUCCUUAGAACACAGCAAUGGCGGCGAAGAAGCAGCAAGAAGAAGUAGACAUCAAAAAGAGAAAGCGAACCAACACUGAAACUCCUUCUUCUAAUCCGAAGAAGAAAUCCACCACCAAGUUCGUUCCUUCAAAGAAGCCUAAACCUCACUCCGAUGAUAAAGAUAAGAACAAAGCUCCCCUUAACGCCCGUGAACGUCGUCACCAUGCUAAGGAACUCACUGAUGCUAGAAAACAGAAGAGAAGACGCCACUACACUCUUGAACAAGAGCUUGCACGUCUAUGGGAAAAGAUGAGACGUCACGAGAUUGCUAAAGAAGACAGAUCCAAGCUGGUAACAGAAGCUCUAACAAAAAUGAAGGGGAAGAUUCAUGAGAUUGCAGGGUCUCACAUUACUUCUCGUGUUCUUCAGACUUGUGUCAAACAUUGUUCACAAGCUGAAAGGGAUCAAGUAUUUGAAGAGCUUCGUCCGCAUUUUCUAAAUCUAGCCUACAGCGCAUAUGCUGUUCACUUGGUAAAGAAGAUGCUUGACAAUGCCUCGAAGAAACAACUGGCAGGCUUUAUCUCCACUCUUCGUGGUCAUGUUGCUCCUCUUCUUCGCCACAUGGUUGGAUCAGUUGUUGUUGAGCAUGCAUACGACUUAGCCAGUGCUGCACAAAAGCAAGAGCUACUUUUGGAAUUAUAUUCCACAGAGCUUCAGUUGUUUAAGGACCUAGUCCCAGCGAAGGAAACCAGAUUACUAGAUGUAAUGUCCAAGUUGGGUCUACAAAAAGGCUCAGUUUCACGUCAUAUGUCGAAAGUGAUUCAGCCAAUUUUAGAGAAAGGGAUAGUUGACCACUCUAUCCUACACAGAGUCUUGUUGGAAUACUUUAGCAUUGCUGAUAAGACCUCUGUUGCAGAGAUAAUUCAACAGUUAUCAAGUCCACUACUUAUCAGAAUGAUUGGUACAAAGGAUGGUGCCAAAAUUGGAAUUCUUUGUGUGAAAUAUGGGAAUGCCAAGGAAAGAAAGAAGAUUAUCAAAGGAUUGAAAGGGCACAUAGGGAAAACAGCUUAUCAUCAAUAUGGGUGUAUGGUGCUGGUUUCCAUCCUUUCAGUUGUCGACGACACAAAACUGAUAACAAAGGUUAUCAUUCGCGAGCUUCAAUCAAUUCUGAAGGAGCUUGUUUUGGACAAGAAUGGAAGACGUCCUUUACUCCAAUUACUACACCCCAACUGUUCACGCUAUUUCAGUCCUGAUGAACUUGCUUCUAUGAAUUCAUCUAUACCUUCUCUGUCUCUCAAGGAUCAGUCAGAAGCAAGCUCUCAGACAGAAACUUCCAAGGUUUCAAUUGGCAACGAUGAUUCCAUGGAAGACAGCGAAGUGAAAGUGCCCGAAGUUAAUGAAGAUAAAACUUCUGUGGAUGAUACUGACCUAGCUGAGAGUGGAAAGAAAGACCCAUUGGUCAGAAGGCAGGAGCUAUUGAUCAACAGUGGAUUUGCAGAGAGUCUUCUUGAUAUAUGUAUUGAGAAUGUAGGAGAACUGAUACGGUCAAAUUUUGGCAAAGAGGUCAUAUACGAGGUUGCGACUGGGGGAUCUGAGGGCAUAUUGCAUCCAACUUUGGAUGAUAAGAUUAAUUCUCUCCACAAAGCGAUAGCAUCUCUUGCAGCAGUGCCUAAGUCAGAAGAUUCACAAGAGGAGCACGUCCUUGAAAAUUUCUUUUCAAAUCGGACCAUUAGAAAACUAAUCUUGGACUGCCCUGACUUUGCUUCCAUCUUAUGGAAGGAAGCUUUAAAAGGGAAAUGUGAAUUAUGGGCCCAUGGUCACAGCUGUAAGGUUAUCACUGCAUUUUUGGAAUCAACAGAUUCAAAGGUACAGAAGCUUGCAAAAAAAGAGUUGCAGCCUUUAAUUGAUAAUGGAGUUCUCAAGAACCCACAGGCCAAAGAACAAGCAAGCCAGUGAUUUUAAUUUAUGCUGCAUGGAGAAAGAAACUAUAUCUUCAGAUGGAGAGAAUUGACGCGCAAUAUAGUAGCCAAUGCACCCCUAUAUCAUUUUUCGGGUGCCUGUAAUGGGUUUCUAUUCUGGAUUUGUUGAAAGAAAGAGUUAAAAGGCAUAAAACUAGUGUUAUUGAGAAAUCUACUUUUGAUGUAAUUUUGAUAACCUUUAAAAAACUUAAAAAAUUACAUAGACAUCACCUGAAGUAGUGAUCAAAUUUUGUCCAUUUUUAAUUACAUUGAUUUUACGGUUACUGUAACAAGGAAUCCUACACACCCACCUAUUGUAUCUUUGUAGCCUUACGGUGUUUGGCUGUUCUGUUUAUUUUUAAUCAUUGUUGCUUCUUCCUGUGAUUGGAGGUUCGAACACAGGUUCGAACAUAGUCACGUGUAUCAUGACAAGUUCUAAAUGAUAGGUACUUCAUUUUGUAUCA